GAAUUUCGUAAAAAUAAUAAUUAUUUUAUUUUAUUAAUUCAAAGCUUUUAAUUGAGUUUUUCCAAUGGAAAAUUGCUAAAUUACGAAUAAUCUAUGAAGUCAACAUGGGUGAUAUAAACUUUUUGUCUGGUGAAGAACUACUAGAUAAAGGAAUAACGAAACUAGAGAUAACAUUGCCGGCCUUAGGUUUGAAGGAUGUAUCUCCAAAUGGCUCUUGGUUGGAGCAAAAACAAAUACAAUCUGCAUUGGAAGCUAGGAAACAUCACAUUGAAGCUCAAAGGAUUGAGAAAAGAGGAGUUCUUAGUCAUGCAGUGUGGCGUGAGGAUUUAAAAUUGGCAGAAGUGACUCAUCAAGUUGGUAGCCAUUGGAAAUAUUUAGGACAUAGUAAGGAUAAAAAAAUGCAUCUGAAACCUGAAGAAGCCUUGUAUUUAAUGGAAGUUAAUUGUCUUCUACUGACAUUUAAUGAUAUUGUAGUUUCUUUACAACAAGCCUACAGUUUAUUAUUUUGUGAUGCGAAAUCUAUUGGCAAAUAUAGAGUUUACAGUUAUUUGAGUCGAUUGGGCUACAAAGUAUUACAUCAUAACACUUCAGACUCUAAAAAAGAAUAUAAGGAGGAUGAAAAUAAAACAGAAGAAAAAUCUAAAAUAGAUGUAAAUAGUGAUAAAAAUACUGUACAGAAUGAAAUGGAUAAUAUUGAUGAUACAAAUAAAGAUAGAAAGAACAAUGAACUGAAAAAACCAUCAAGCGUAAUAAGUAAUGAAGAAAUAAAUAAAAAACCUGAGACUCAAGGAGAAGUAUUUUGUAACAAUGAACUUAAACAACAAUCUGAUUGUACCAAUGUAAAUAAUGAUGAAAUAAAUACAUAUAAAAUUAACUCUAAUCACUACACAAAUUCUAUCUCUGAAAUAAAGCAUAAAGAUAAAAGUCAAGAAUUAGUAACGAAAGUAAACCAGGGUGAUGUUCAAGCUGAAAACUUUGAUUCUGCAACUCAGGUGCAAGAUAAUCUUACAAAUAGAACAGAUAAUGAUAAUUACAAUAUUUAUAAUCAAAGAAAUGAUCCUCUCACAAAAUUUAUGGAAUGGAAAUUGAAUAAACUUAAAGAUAGGCAGUUAAAAACUAAAGCAUUUAAUAAUGUUCACAAACAUUUUGUUAUCAUUCCAGACUUAUCACAAAAUCGAGUAGUGACAGUUAAUGUCCCAAAGGAAGAACUUUUACCUAAAAAUAUAUUUUUAAAUCAUUUAACGUAUGUACUCAAUUUAGAUAGUAUAUCAUCAAAAAACGUAGUAUCGUCAAGUGUUGAGACGGGAACAUAUAGUAUAUCAGAUGAUGUAAAUGGUGAUCACAUAAGGCGCGUGACAAAUGCGUUAAAUAGAUCGCAAAACGUUGUAGUACCUCCAAUCUAUCAAAAUUUCCGACCGAACAUAAACUACCGACAAUUUCAAUAUUGGCGGCCACGGCCAAACCUUAAUUAUUUCCAAUUCAAUCUUUUUUUCCAAAGACCUUUCAUGACUAAUUUCAACACACCUAGAUUCCAAUUCUACCCCAGAACUCAUAUUCCUAUGUUUCCCAGAUAUUUUACUAGUCCCAUUCAUAAUACCAAUAGUAACGCAGAUGUGCAAAACAGAGAUCAGAGUACACGUAAAAGAAAAAGGGACAAUGCUAGAAUACAUCACCUAGAAUCCAUCAAAAACUUAGCUAUAAGAUUGCGUAGUCUAAUCUCAUCAGGUAAUACUCAAAAAGAAAACGUUGAUGCGCUUCAAAGACUAAUUCAUAAUUACAAUAUUAGAUACAGAACAAAAGUUCGCUUGACAGAUCAGUUUGAUAUAGUUAAUGAUGAAACUAUAAUAGAAACCAUAGAACUUGAUGACGAUGAUGAAGACACAAAAAGUAAAAGGCGUCGUGUUGAUGACAACGAUAGCUUACGUGAACUACAUUUGGACAAAAUACGCCAAAUUUCGUUUAGACUAAAACAAUUAGAAAUGGCCAAAAAAGCGUCACCAAGACACAGAAGAGCUCUGUCUGGUCUCAUCAAAACUUACAAUAAAUCAUACAAUGCUGAUAUUUAUCUUGAAAAUAAUGAAGUUUUAGAUCGUCAAAGUAUUACGCUGGAUUCUAGUUCUGAGCACGAUUGUGUUAUUGAGGAAAGUCCACAAAUUAAAAUUGGCAAAAAAUUAAGGAACCCUUUCAAUAUUCUAAAAAGGCUUUCCGAAAAACAAGUCUCAAAUAUAUUUCCUACAACGAGUAAGGAUUCAAAUGAACAUAGAGUGCAAACAUCGAAAAAUACAGUUUUAGAUGUUGCACUUCACAAAAGUUGGAUUCCUGAUCAAGAAGAUUUUGGUAGACCUGAAGUACUGUCUCGUGAUAAUAUGAAUAUUCGUAUCAUAGAAUCAAAGAAGGAAGAAUAUCUUUACGAGUUUUUAAAUGACAAUCGUACCAAGUUCAAUAAUUGGAUAGAAACUAAAAUUGCAUUUCUAGAAAGUAUUGAAGAAUCCAAUGUGAUUUUUCAGACUGAAGUGAUGAAAGAAGACAAUGUAGAUAUAAAAUCUAUUAUUCAAGCGGAAGAUUGUACUGAUAUGCCUUCAGUUCUUAGAAAGUUAAAUAUUAUUAAGAAAAAUGAUACCACUUGCAGUGAAUCCAAUUUGACUAUAGAUUUUGAUGUAUAUAAUAGAAAUAUUCAAGAUUUUCGUAAAACAGAGAAGCCUACACCACAUUUCAGAAUUGUUUGUUUAAAUGACACCUCGCCUUUACCUUCGGGCAUCGACAUAGCAACACUUCAUUCGAAAUUCAAAGAUGGCGUCAUGAUAGUAUUCGCAGUCGUUGGUCCAUCGUCCAUAUCAUUUUUACAAAUGAAUCCAAUUGAUUCGCUUGUCUACACUGCAUCCAACAAUUAACCAUCCUUGC